AUGGCUGCUUCUGUUGAUCAACAACAAAACCUGAAUGAGCUGGCCGAUGGUCAGACUCAACAAGCGCAAGGCCCGACUGAAAUCAGCGAGGCUGAUGUCAAGACGGCUGUGGCGCUCGCCAGCCUCCGCUCAACCCGCAACUCGACGGCUCGCUCGAAAACUUACGCAACCAGCACUCAGAAGAAUCGCUCGUCGUAUGGAAACGCGCCGGUGUUGGCUGAAAUUGAGGCCGCCGCCGCUGUUGGCGCACAACUCGCGCAGACCGCCUUCCAGUUCACCGUCAUGGUCGCAUCGCUCAUCGUCGCCGCACUCGUCAACACAUUCCAUGUCGCCUACUUCUCGAUGAGAAAGCCCGAUCUCUCCAAGGAGAUCUUCCAAUCCGCCUAUCAUCUUCUCAAGCUCUCCUAUGACAACAACUUGCUCACCCUCCGCGAGAUCGUCAACAUCACCAACGCGAAUCUCAUUGCGCCAAUGGCGCGCCAAAAUCAGCAGUAUUAUAAUGAGGAGAAUCAGAAGACAAGUGAGGUGCACACAAUGCGCACCGCCUCCAAUGUUUCUCGUUUGAACUAA